GGAAAAGUAGUCGCGGUAUUACGGCAGUUCACAUAGAAUAAUGUCAUAGGUCAUCUGGGUUCAAGCAUACGAGGCCUAAGUUCUAUAAGACCAGCCAAAGAAGACAUCAAUUUUGAGGGGAUUAGGUCUUUGGACCUACGAAUUUUGACUUGGGUGAAAAAAUCCUAAGCCAAACAUUUUUGAGAGCCUUCCAUUAAAAUGGAUGACAGUACAAAAGGGUCUGGUGGGCUAACACCAAAAGAGACUCAGACUGAUGUGAAAAGCACCAUAACUUUCUCCAUCAAUGGGGAAUCAUUUUCAGUGACCAAUGAAUACGACCCAGCCACUUCCCUGUUGGAGUUUAUGAGACAGUCUGGCGUCUCUGUUGGAACAAAAGGCUGCUGCUAUGAAGGAGGAUGUGGUGUUUGUCUUGUGACUGUCAAACUGCUUGACCCUUUGACAGGCAACAAAAGAUCUUAUAGCUUGAACUCAUGCUGCCUUCAGCUAUACACAUGUGAUGGAAUGGAGAUUACCACAGUAGAGGGGCUGGGAAAUACUUCUGCUGGCUUACAUCCUAUCCAGCAGAGAAUAGCAUCAAUGAAUGGUAUUCAGUGCGGGUACUGCACACCUGGUCAGAUCAUGAAUAUGUAUGGACUCCUGCAGUCCAACCCCACCCCAUCUAUGAAAGAUGUAGAGGAUGCAUUUGAUUCCACCAUCUGCAGGUGUACAGGAUACCGUCCAAUAUUGGAUGCCAUGAAGUCAUUUGCAUCAGAUGCUCCAAGUUCAAUUAGUCGAGGGAUUAUUGACAUUGAGGAGUUAGAUGGCAAGUUAUGUAGGAAAACAAAUCAAGCUUGUGUUGGGCAUUGUGGCACUAAAGAUUGUGACAACAGAAUAGCAAAACCUGUGCACAUAGUUGCUGGCAGAGCUCAGUGGUUCAAGCCCUUGAAUCUGGCAGAGUUAUGUCCCCUGCUCCAGCAGUAUGUCAAUUAUAACUACAGGCUUGUUUUUGGAAAUACUGGCUUUGGAGUCUACAAGGAUGUUGGACCAUGGAAUUAUAAUAUUCUUAUAGACAUCAGAGGAAUGAAUGAACUCUACACUGUGGAUCUGACCCCCAGUGACCACAUUGUUGUUGGAGCUAAUUUGACCCUCACAAAUUUAAAAGAACUUUUGGCCAAAAACACUGAUCCAGAGCUACCAUAUGCUUCCAAUUUUGUAGAUCACUUACAAUUCACUGCAUCUAACGGUAUCAGAAAUCUGGGAUCUUGGGCUGGAAAUCUGGCUUUAAAACAUCAGCAUCCAGAUUUUGUGUCGGAUGUUCUGAUUUUACUGGAGACAGUUGGAGCUAACUUAAACAUUGUUGACAGUAGUGGUUUGAACAAGCUGUACACGCUUGAUGAAUUCUUUGCGCUGGACAUGAAGGCAAAGGUCAUAGUUUCCAUGCAGUUACCCAAGUACAAUGCUAGCAGCCAGAGGAGUAUAAGAACAAUCAAGACAUCCCACAGGCUUCAGCAAUGCCAAGCUCAUGUUGCCAGUGGCUUCAACUUUGAACUGGAUGCCAACAACAACUUCCUGGUCAAGUCGAAACCUUCUAUUGUCAUACAAGGAAUCAGUGGCUCUCUGAUCCAUGCAGUACAGACUGAAUCUUAUCUCAUUAACAAACAACUGGGAGAUCCUACUGUGCUUGCUGGUGCACUAAGUUCACUUUCGGCUGAGCUAGUCCCAGAAACGAGUCCAACUUCGGCUAGUGCAUCCUAUCGCAAGAGCUUGGCCUUAGGUCACUUUUACAAGUUUGUUCUAGAGGCAUGUAAAACUAAGUGUGACGUCCGAUAUGUCACUGGUGGACCUGGUUUGGACAGACCACUCAUGACAGCCACACAGUCCUACGGCACUGAUGACCCCACAGUCUACCCAGCCACUAAGCCCAUGCCGAAAUUCACAGCUUAUAACCUGGCAACAGGUGAAGUGAAAUUUUUGACUGACCUUCCAGUGUUACAAGGUCAGCUGUAUGCAGCACCUGUGCUGAGCACCAUGGGAAACGCAAGACUUGCAAGCGUUGAUGCUUCUGCUGCUCUGAACAUUCCUGGGGUCGUCAAAUUUAUUCAAGCUGCUGACAUCCCAGGAGAAAAUAACUGGAGACCCAAGCCUCUAUAUGAACCCGGCGCAUAUCAAGAGCUUUUGAGUUCUGGUGAGAUUCUGUAUGCUGGACAACCCAUUGGAAUUGUGGUGGCCACUGAUGAAAUAACUGCCCAAGGUGCUCGUGGGGCCGUGAAGGUGACUUACUCAGAUGUCCAGCCUUCCAUAACAGGUGUGGAGGAAGCCAUUCAGAAAAAAUCAUUUUACCCCAAACUUGGGCCCUUCACUGCUGGUGAUCCCGCAGCUGCCAUGGCAUCAGCUCCGCACAGAAUAUCAGGUUCAAUACACAGCACUGACCAGUACAACUUUCACCUGGAGAGUCAAGCAGCGUUCUGUAGCCCCUCGGACUUGGGUGGGAUGGAUGUGUUAGCCACUAGCCAGUGGCUGGAUGCCACUUCAGAAACAGUGGCCCAACUCCUGGGGAUACAGGAAUCCAGUAUCAAUGUGGAGAUUCAAAGAUUAGGUGGAGGGUUUGGUGGCAAAAUAUUCUACAACUUACCUGUUGCUGGGAUGUGUGCCGUUGCAGCCCAGGUAACUAAAAGGCCUGUUUUGAUGAGUUUAGACUUGCACACCAACAUGCAGUUCCAAGGGAAAAGGACCCGCUAUGUAUAUCAGUAUGAGAUUGGUUUUGAUGAUGAUGGCAAGAUUCUAGCCAUUAUAGCCACAGCAUACAGUGAUUCUGGUCCCAUCUUUCUUAAGGCAGAUUGCAAUGAAGGCACUCAAAACUAUAUUGACAGUGCUUAUUUCUGCCCCAACUGGUCCUGGACUGUGCAGCCAUGUAAGACUAACAAACCAGUUCCAACUUCAGUCAGAGCACCUGGUACAGCACCAGCUAUUUAUGCUAUGGAAUGUAUGAUUGACCAUGUGGCCACAUAUUUAAAAAAAGAUCACCUUGAAGUUCGUAAACUGAAUCUUUUUGUUGAUGGUCAGACAACUCUGGGUGGUUUGGUGUUAGAGAAUUGUCUCAUUAGAGAUCUUGUCCACCAACUUGAGACAGAUAUUGAUUACCCAGCUAGAGUUCAAGCUGUCAAUGACUUUAACAAGGCAAAUCGUUGGAGAAAGCGUGGUCUGCAUGUGAUGCCAAUCAGAUAUUCCCUGAGCUGGAACAAAUUCAUCCACCACACAACUGUUGUUGUUCACCAUGGUGACGGCAGUGUUGCUAUUAGUCAUGGUGGUGUUGACAUGGGUCAAGGUAUCAACACAAAGGCCAUCCAGUGUUGUGCUUAUAAGCUUGGCGUACCCGUGGACAAAAUUAAAAUCAAGAAGACAUCAUCUUUUUUCAAUGCCAAUUCUCAUUGGACAGCAGCCACUGUAACUUCUGAGCUGAUUUGUUUGGCUGUGAUGACCUGCUGUGAUAUGUUGCUAGAACGUAUGGCACCCGUCAAGGCUAAACUGGUCAACCCAACUUGGGAAGAAAUUGUUGAGCAAUGUUUUAAGGAUAUGGUUGAUCUAACAGCAUCAUAUUUAAACCACCCAGAGGAUAAAGUUGAGAAUGCCCGUUACAAUUGCUGGAGUGCAUGUUGCACUGAGGUGGAGCUAGACACCAUCACUGGGCAGUACCAGAUAAAUCAAGUUGAUUUCCUUUACGACUGUGGCAUUAGUUUGAACCCAGAUAUUGACUUGGGUCAGCUGGAGGGCGGGUUUAUGAUGGGUUGUGGUCUGUUUCUCCUGGAGGGAAUGACCUUUGACCCAGUUACAGGAAAAGCUUUGACUGAUGGGACAUGGACUUACAAACCUCCUCUGGCAAAGGACUUGCCAAUUAAGUUCAAUGUCAAGUUUUUGAGAAAUUCACCAAAUCCAUAUGGGCUCUUGAGAUCUAAAGCUGUUGGUGAAGUUCCUGUUGCACAAGGUGCCUGUCCCCUCUUGGCACUCAAAAGGGCAGUGGAAGCUGCAAGGUUCGAGUCUGGCAUUGAAGGCUGGUUCCAGUUCAGUGCGCCAGCCAGUGUUGAACAAAUUCAAGUUUCUUGUUUAAAUGAUGUCAAAAAUUUUACAUUUGGACAUCAAGAAUAAAUUAUUUACAUUAAGCUUUUGUUAAUUUUGAGGAUUUUAUGCCUAUAGAUUCUAUUUUCUUAUUUGUAAUGAAUUUUUUUUAUUGAAAAUAUUUUAAAUAACUGUCGAGUAUCAAAAUCAGUAUUAUAUUAACAAGAGUACACUAGCUAAAUGGCAUGUAAAAUGUGUUAACCAGUGCUAGUAUGUUUGUACUAAUUAUUAACUCGCAUUUGUAACAAAUAAGUUACAAAAAAAAAAUAUCCGGUGUUUUUAUAAUUAGUAACUCAAUAAAUGUUCAUUAUUUAUUGGAUUUGCAAUGCUAAGAAGUAUUUGAACCCUUUACAGUCCUAUGCGCAAAAAUGCUCCCAAGAUUUUUCUUAAUUUGAUGCGCUCGUACUUAGUAUUUUCCAUUUAUUUAUUUGUAGAAACUAACGCCUCUCUGGUAAUUAAAUUUGGAAGAUAUCAGCAAAAAAGAGAAAUAAUAAUUUUUUUUUACAUUUUUGUUUUUUUUAUCACUAUAAUUUUUGUUUAUGUUAAAUAAUUUAUGAAAAACAUGUUGCUGUCAAUAUGAGUAAAAUUAAAACUAAUUAAAAUGCUUCUGUUGUUGAGACAGGCUUUCAUUAAAGUGAUAAUAAUAGUGGGUUGUUUUUUUUAAAAAUAUUUUUCUGGGUUUAAUAUAAUUUUUGUUAAUUAUUUGUCAAUUAUUAAGCUCUUUAAUUUCAUACU